ACAGAACAAUGAUCUUCAUUCAUUAUUUACCUCGAGCAUGGAAUAAACACACGUUUGUUGUCAUGUCUGUUAUUAACGUGAAUUCUGUAAUAAUUAAUUGCUGAUUCGGUUUUAUUUGUUUGAUGGCAAUGAAUAUUUUAGAGUGACAGUUAAAUUUCAUUCUGUUUAAUAGUAUAGAUGUAGAAGGCUUAAAUGGGAUUGUAUAUGAAGUGUAAAUCGGCAUUGAAUGUACUUAGAGCGAUUUGAAUGACAACAGCAUGAAAAUGCAAGUAAACAAACACGCGACUAACAAACAAACACGUGUGUUAAAAGACUGGAUUCUGUAAAUGGAUUUUGAAUCAGACUUUCUCGGGCGGGAAAUGGGCAUAGAUACGGACGGUGAUGACGACCACACAUUGGCACAUCGUGCAGCCGCAAGCGGCGACACGCAGUCACUCAUCCGGGCAAUAAAACAAGAUCCCAGCGUCAUACAACAGAAAGACGGAGACGGAAACACUCCUCUAGCACAUGCAGUUCUUGGUAAACAUAUUCAGGCUCUGAAACGACUUGUAAAGAUGGGAGCAGACGUGAACGUUCAGGAUGCGCAGGGACGUACAAGUCUAGCAAUAGCCGCGUAUCAGGGUUGGAGUGAUGGUGUGGUAUAUCUUCUACGAAAAGGUGCUAGACAGGACAUUGUAGACAAGUCAGGCCGUACACCACUUCAUGCUGCCACCUACGAUACGGACACAAGAUCAUUACUAGCGCUAAUGAAAAGACUUUCUCAGGAAGAAAUAAAUAUUGGCGAUAAUGAGCGUAUGACAGCAUUACAUUGGGCGGCGUUUCAUAAUCGAGCUGAGCACGUGCGACAGCUAUUGCAGAGCGGUGGUCAGCCACUGCAGGUGGACAUUGACGGAAAGACUCCACUACACUGGGCUGCCCAGAAUGGUAGCUCGUCUUGUUGUUUGGCAUUGGCUGAACAGUGUAGAGAUUUGGCAACAACGAUAGAUAACUGCGGAAAGACUGCUGUACACCUUGCCGCUGCUGCCGGACAUACAGAUAUACUCCAAGAUCUGGCGCGUGUAGCCCCGGCAACUUGUCAAGCUUGGGAUAAAGAUGACAGGUAAACUUUUAUUCAUAAC